CACGGGAAGUAUUGCGUCACUGAACGGCCGCGUACACACGCACUGGUGCUUCAUGUAGGUGUGGGAGCAACUUUAACAAAGUGUCCAUCGCUUCAGAAGUCUCACACAUUUUGUACUUGUUCGCCGUUGGUUUAAUAUUUUCGAAAGAGCUUUUAAAAUCCAACGAUAUCAACAGACGUUCGGGUCACUGUCCUGGUCCUCACUCAGCUCUCAGUAUGUCCGAUGGGGACUAUGAUUAUCUCAUCAAGUUCCUCGCACUGGGGGACUCUGGGGUGGGAAAGACCAGCUUUCUAUAUCAGUACACAGACAGCAAAUUCAACUCCAAAUUCAUCACCACAGUGGGAAUAGACUUCAGAGAAAAACGUGUGGUAUACAAAUCCAACGGUCCUGAUGGCACAGCCGGGAGAGGUCAGAGGAUCCACAUUCAGCUGUGGGAUACAGCCGGACAGGAGAGAUUUCGGAGUUUGACCACAGCGUUCUUCAGGGAUGCCAUGGGUUUCCUGUUGCUCUUUGACCUCACGAGCGAGCAGAGCUUCCUUAAUGUGCGGAACUGGAUGAGUCAGCUGCAGACGCAUGCGUACUGCGAGAAUCCCGACAUUGUCUUGUGUGGAAACAAAUCCGACCUGGGGGACCAGCGCGCAGUGAAAGCGGACAAUGCACGAGAACUGGCCGAAAAAUAUGGUGUCCCGUACUUUGAGACAAGCGCUGCGAACGGUGAAAACGUGAGCCAUGCUGUGGAAGUUCUGCUGGAUUUGAUCAUGAAGCGCAUGGAGAGAUGUGUGGACAAAUCCUGGAUACCUGACGGAACGGUUCGCACCAAUGGUCACAGCACCAGCGACCUGGCAGAACCGCGGGACACAGACCAGAGCAAGUGUGCCUGCUAAUGUAAUGAUCCUCCCUGUGGGCCUCUGCUU